AUGGAAAGCAGGAGACAAGGUGAUCUUCAAUGGCUGCAACCAUCAUCAAAUGGUUUGAGAACAAUGCCGGAAAAUCACCCGUUUUCAUCAUCUCCCGCCGUCAUCGGGGGCGGAGACAACCGGCUAUCUCAAUCGCCAUCGUUGGUGAACCACUCUCAAUCGGAAUAUGAUCCGUACUACCCUAAUCCAGCCGCCAUGCACAAUAUUAUCACUACUACUGCGGCUGCUGCUAAUAACCCUAAUAACUAUCCAGAUACUUCCUUUGAAAGUUACAAUUUUUCAUAUCCCGAUAAUGGUCAACAACAGCAGUUCCCUGUUUAUGUGGAUAUUCAUAACUAUGGGAAUAUUAUUGGGAAUGAGAAUGAUUUGCAAAGGAUGAGGGUUGAUUCGGCGGUUAGGGGUUUGUACUUCCAGCCUGAUAAUGAUGCCAUUUGGAACAACUUCCUCCUUCGUCAACAACAGGAAUAUUCUUGGAAUAUCAAUGACGCUGUCUUCCGCCCCGAACCAUUAGUUUAUAAUUCCGGGAGAAAUAAUAAUAAUAGGGUUAUGAGGGAAAGGUCUUUUGAUACUGUUUCGUCUUCGUCUUCAUCUUUUGGUGGUCGAAAUCGGGGUGGGAGUCUUCGUCAGCAGAAUUUUUCCUCGUCUUUGGAGGAGUUGAGGAGUAAGAUAUUCACGAGUUUUGAGGAAUUGAGAGGGAAGAUUUUUAUUGUGGCUAAAGAUCAGAAUGGUUGUCGAGAUCUUCAGAAGCUCUUGACAGAAGGGAAGCCUGAAGAGAAAGAUAUGAUUUUUUCAGAGUUGAAGAAUCAUGUUAGGGAGUUGAUGAUGGAUCAAUUUGCAAACUAUCUGGCGCAGAAGAUGUUUGAGUUCGCAAAUGAGGAGCAAAUCACUGAGUUAGUGAUGACGGUGGUGAGUGAGGAACAUAAACUCAUGACCAUUUGUCUUGACACCCAUGGGACUCGGGCCAUGCAAAAAUUGCUUGGACGAUUGAUCACAGCUGAGCAGAGAUCGUUGGUUGUAUCGGCUUUGAGGCGUAUUACCGUUACUCUAACAAAGAACGCCAAUGGCCACCAUGUUAUUGAGCACUGUUUGAAGUAUUUUCCUAAUGAAAACAAAACGUAUAUAUUGAGUGUUGUGGCUGAUAACUGUCUUGACAUUGCUACGGACAAGAGUGGAUGUUGCGUUUUGCAACAGUGUGUUGAGCAUGCUCGCGGAGAUCCUCGAGAUAGACUUGUUUCCGAGAUUAUUUCAAAUGCAUUUGUACUGUCUGAACAUCCUUACGGAAACUAUGUUGUGCAAUUCCUGGUUGGAUUGAAGAUCCCGCAGAUUACACGUGAUAUACUGGCGCAACUUUCUGGAAACUUUGUCUCUUUGUCCAUGAACAAGUAUGGCAGCAAUGUGGUUGAAAAAUGUAUGAAAGAGGCAUCAGAAGAACAAGCCAUGCAGAUUAUUCAAGAAAUAAUCGGUAGCCAAAAUUUCUUAACACUUCUUCAGGAUCCUUUUGGAAACUAUGUUGCUCAGUCUGCAUUCUCCCAUGCUAAGGGAUCAAUCCGCCAUGCUAUGAUGAAUCUGAUUCAGAUGCAUUACUCUUACUUGCAUAGUCAUCCUCAUGGCAAAAGAGUGCUUGCGAGGGCUAGAGGAAGCAGACAACGCGUGUAACAAGACCACGUUCUCCAUCUAAAAAUCAAGUAGUUUGUUGUGUUUUAUCUUAGUAGUUUUGUCUGUUGUGUUGGCUAGGAUUCAUGUGUCAAACUCCUACCAUUGUUGUUUUUACUUGUUUAUCUAAUAAGUACUUUGGUAAUGUGGCCCUAUUUAGGAGUUUUAAGCAUGGGAGGAC